AUGUCGCCGAGUAUGUUGAACAUGAGUACUAUCCAGGAGCUCCGGGAUCAGCUGCCGGACUCGAUCGUUCUUCUCCCUGGCUCGGAAGAAUAUCGCGCCUCGAUCAAGCGCUGGUCGGACGGUGCAGAGAAGCCCGCUGCCCUCGUUAUCCUCCCCAGCACCGAGCGCGACAUCUCCACCGCCAUCACCUUUGCAAAAAAGCAUGGAAUGGACCUAGCAGUCGCAGGCGGCGGCCACUCCACAUCAGGCGCUGCCUCCACGGCGGGCGGGCUUCUCCUCGAUCUCUCGCGCCUGCGCGGGGUCACUGUCGAUCCGGAGGGGCGCACCAUCACGGCCCAGGGCGGUGCGCUGUGGGAGGACGUCGACACUGCGCUAGGCCAGCACGGGCUCGCGACCGUUGGGGGCGUGGUCAACCACACUGGCAUCGGAGGCCUCACGCUGGGCGGUGGCUACGGGUGGCUGACGGGCCUGUACGGGCUGACAAUCGACAACCUCCUUUCCGCGCGGAUUGUGCUAGCCGAUGGCCGGGUUCUGGCCACCUCGCCGACCCUCCACCCCGAUCUGUUCUGGGCCCUCCGCGGCGCCGGGCAUAACUUCGGGGUCAUCACGGAGUUCACCUUUCAGGCGCACGAGCAGAAGAACGAGGUUUUUGCGGGCUUGCUGGGCUUCACCCCGGACAAGCUGGAGCAGGUGGUGGGGUUUGCGAAUGCGUUGGUGGCCGAUGAGGGUCUAGGGGGAGAUGGUCGAUCGGCCAUCUACUGCUUCCUCGCAGUGCCUCCGGGUGCACCUCGGGGCACGGGGCCGACUAUUCUCACAGCCGUAGUGUCGAUCACGAGCGAGGAAGAGGCAAGACGGCGGUUCGCCCCGCUGCUCAAGCUGGAUCCCGUCAUGGAUACCCUAGCCAUGGUCCCGUAUUGCCAGGUCAAUGCGAUGUUGAAUGGGAUCGCGGUGCAUGGAGAUCGGAAGAACACUAAGGGCUUCUCGUUUGCGAUGCCGCUGCGGCCUGGACUGGCCCGCUCGGUGUUGACGGAACUGGGGGCGACGCUGCAGGAGGAGCCAGCCUGGGUGAAGUCAUACAUUGUGUUUGAAUUCGGUAAUCUCGGAAAAGUAGCUGCAGUCCCGCGGGGGGAUAUGGCCUUUGCAAACCGCAGUCGGUGUCAAAAUGGGGUGGUGCAGAUCUGGUGGAUGGAUGAGAAGGAUGAUGCGCGCGCCGGGGAGAAAGGGCGGCAUCUCAAGGCGCUGAUCACCACUGAGGCUGAGAAGAGGGAGGGGAAGGAGGAAGGAGGCGCGGUGGUGUACUCCAACUUUGUCGAAACUGGGGACCGCAGUAUCGAGGAGCUAUUUGGCGAGAAUCUGGACCGUCUUCGCCUGCUCAAGGCGAAGUAUGACCCAACCAACUUGUUCAAUAAGACACAUCCACUGGUGAGUAGAAAGGAUGCGGGCCAACUUGUGUAA